AUGGACGUCCGGCUGGUCUGCAGCUUUCUCAGUCUGCUGUUGUCUGCUACAGGAGGCCUCAGCUCCAGUGAUGACGGCUGGUCCAUUAACGUGCAGGCGGAGGUACGAGCCAUGGAGGGUUACCCGGUGGUGCUGCCCUGCACCUUCAGCCACCCACAGCACUCCCAGCAUUCCUCCCUGCAGGUGCUGUGGCGUCUGGGCCACGGAGCGGGCGCCACCAUCCUGUACCGCUGCACCAGCCGGCCCGGAGUCCCCACCUGUGAGCCGGGGCCCAAGCAGGACCAGCGCUACCGACUGGAGGGAAACCCGCGGGAGCACGACCUGUCGCUACGCAUCAACAGCGCCACCCUGCAGGACAACGGACGCUAUUUCUGCCGGGUGGAGGUCCAGGGCCGGGAACACAUCAGCUUCGAGGACAAGAUGGGAACCAGACUGAGAGUGGAAGCUCCUCCAAAGAUCCUGGCUCUGUCAGUGGAGGGCAGCGAGCAGGCCGGUUACAGAGCUCUGUGUCGGGUGCAGGGCUCGCCGCUGCCGGACGUCCAGUGGCUCGGCCCCGAUGACCUGCUGGAAGGUUCUCUGGUCUCUGGCCCGCUGGCUCAGGAGUCCCCGACUCGCUACCACACCGUCAGCCAGCUGAGAGACGUGGAGCCCGGGCAGCAGUACACCUGCAGUGCCUCCAACCCGCUGGGCAAAGAGCAGGCCACGCUGUACGUCCUGCCCCCCCGACCGCCGCUGUCUGUGGCCGGAGCGUCGCCUCCGCUCCUGCUGCUGCUGUCCGUCGCUCUGGGGGCAAAGGUCAUCCUGCUGGUGGGGACGGGGGUGUGGAUGGUGCAGGGAGGAGCUCUGCAGGGACUCAGCUGCUGGUGGAAGUAACCUGCUCUGAUGAUUGGUUUAUAUUUAUAUAUAUUUAUCAGACUGGUUAAUUAUCUGAUUAUUAUUAUUACUGUGUGAAUGAUUAAUCACAUGAUCUAAAAGUUUCAGGAGCUUUUUUGUCCUGAAUAAAACCCAAUAAAGUCCUGACGUUUUAUUAUAAACAUUUAA